CAUGUGUUUCCAGACAUGGUCAGCCACUCGUUGCUCGCCAUCCGACAGGGUCCAGAACGCCCAAUCGGGAUCGUGACAUUGGAUGUUUCCUUUAGUGCCUCUCAAAGCCACCACCAUCCUCCAUGCUGGCAAAAGCCACUAUGCCAUGGGAGCAACGGUAUUGGUUAUCGUCCGCCAUUCUACCUACGCAUACACGACGCGAGUUCGGAAGAUGCCGCUGCCAACCCUGCUUGUUUGGUCCAGCAAUGGGUGCCUGCGUAUAUACCCGUGACCGACCGCCUCCCUCUAGCUUUUUGCUCACCACCAUGCCUCUUUUUAUGGCCCUGUUCAGUCUCUCGCAGUCCAGGACCGUUUAUUGCGUGGAAUAUGGCUGGAAGUUGAGGGCGGGCAUGGUUGCACCUGAGAUACAGGGUAAGGGUAAACACCAGGAAACUCUGAUCCAAGGCGGUGUCCAGAAGAGUUCCUCGACGACACACGAAGGCGACGUUAUCCAAGCAUGUUCCAACCGACGGACCCUCGGGUCGAGCCCACUGCGUACGAAUACAACCGUCAAGCGAUCGAGGAUAUCGACGAUCGUCAGUCAGCAGUCCAGGGUUUCCAGAAGAGGGCACAUCUGCGGGGAAAGAAACCAAACUACCGCCCAACCCCCCUAAGAUGGCCCUUCAUUUUGACACUGAUCUUCCUCAUUUGCGUCGCAAUUGGCCUGGUUGUCUGGGCCGAGAAGGCGAUGCCGAACUCGGAUAGCACUGCUAUCGUUGACCACCCCGGUACGCCUCCUCGAAUGAAACCGAGGCUUUGGCAUGGAGUGAGAAGGGACAACACCUCGGCGCCGAGCACGACUCUUAAUCAGGAAACGGCCCUUUCAGCGGCCGACCCCGUCUCCAUGACAGAUUCAAUCCAAGCUCCGUCGUUGCUCAGCAGUGUUUUGAGCCUCGAGACAUCUCCAUCCAUCUCCGCAUCCGUCAUUUCCAGUCAGAUUACGGCCUCAAAUCUGCUAAGCACCUUGACUUCGCCCAGUGUUGCUCCAGCGACGUCGACCGUUGCACCCAGUAGCACUUCAGUCCCGCGCGAAACCCAACCCCCGCCCAGCAAUACGCUGAGCCCCGAGGCUUCACCUAGCAGCAUGUCAUCGCCAAGCCGAACAGGAGCCUCGGCUCCCCUUGCAGUUACCACUUCUUCUUCUUCCAGGUUGGAAGCCGGAGUCCAACUAUCGGAUGAAAAAUCCAGCGCUCGAAUCCCUGUCAAGGAAUCCACUUCGACUCCCCCAACUUCUUCGCCGCAGACAACCCCUUUAAAAGCGACAGGAAUAUAUAUUAUAUCGGGAAGCUCAACGAUUAGUACUGUGGACCCGUUGUCGGUCAGCCGCCUCCUGGGGCCAUCCUUCACCCUCAGCACUUCUACUUCUCUGCAUACAAGUACGAUCAUCCGCACAUCGACGCGAACUACAGAGAUCACAAGCAUCGUGACAGCCCCUCCGUCCACCACGGCCUUCAAUACGACUUCACUGAGCUUCAUAACCACAUUCUCGACGACGACUAUGACUAUUACCCACUCGGGUUCGACGUUUUCCACUGUCGAGACCCUCACGACCGAGCUUCCAGUCACCCAAACUAUUGCGCCUUCAUUCACCGAGGGAACCUCGGUCGUGUCCACCUUUCUCACCGCAUCCACGAUCGUGAGGACGUCGUUUGGGACUGCAACCGGCUCAAUCGAGACCAGCGUGGGCACCGUCCCGGUCACAUCCACUGUCACCGCCACCUUUUCUACAACAUUGGUCGCUCCAGUUGUUACAGAAGUGCAGACCGUGAUCGUCCCCUAUUCCCAGACCCCAGAUCCGAAAACGGGGGCCCCAGUCAACGUCGUCGUGACUAUAACAGAGGGCGGAGAGGUCCACAACGUCGUGCAGACUUUCGCCCCCCAAACCAAGGUCAUCGAGGAGAAUGGCGGCGUCCGCACCCAGGUUUACACACCUCCCCCACAGACGGUGGUGACAAGCAUUGGCGGGACUCCAACAGCAAAUGUGAUGGUCUUUACACCGUCCGCGGUAGCUGGGAAAGUUUCGGUAAACGUUGUAUCAACAUUCGGCGGCCAGACCGUCACACUCGUCAAUACCCAGGGCCUCCAGACAAUCGUCACGUCCCAGGGAGGAGGUCUCGUGACGCUUGUUACCGCUCCGCCGCCGCAAACCCAAGUCCAGAUUAUCGGCGGCACGGUGACUACAAUAGGGGUUGUCUCAAUUCAGGCUGAUGGGCAGGCAACCUCAGCCAAUGUGGUAACCACCAUCGGUGGCACGCCGGUUACAGUCGUCAACAGUCAGGGGCCCCAGACGAUAGUGACGUCUAGCGGGGGGAGCCUGGUCACGCUGGUGACAACGCCUCCCCCAGAGACCGAAGUAACUGUGGUGGGUGGGACUUUGACGACAGUCGAGCUUGCUUCAGCGACUACAAGUUUCCAGCCCAUAUCCUACACCGUAACAACGGAUAUAGGGGGAACUCGAACCACCGAAGUGAUGGUCACCACACCAACAGCUAGUGACCUAAUAACCAUCACCCUCGACUCCUCCAUAGUCGGCGGCACUGUCACCACCGUAGUCCAGACCUUCGAGCCAUCGACCGUCGUCACGGAAAUAGCAGGAACUCUGACUACCAUCGUAUCGACACCUGCCCCUUCGACCAUGCUCUCGACGGCUCCGAAAUCAACAAUCACCCGGACGGCUACUUCCACUCCAAGCGACACCCCCACCGCCACGAUGAGCGGCGGCCCGACAUCAGUGACAUCGCUGAUCGUAACCGUCAAGGCCUACAACCUCACAGCAGGCGACUACUUCAUCGGGACCUUCCUCCCGACCUUCCUAGCAGUCAUGCUCGUCAUCCCCCUCCGCACAAUCGACCUCAACGCAAAGCUCUACCAGCCCUUCAACGCCCUCGCGUCCUCCCCGCGUGGCGCGCCCGGCCCCGAAUCCAUGACCCUACAGUACACCGGGCUAGCGGGCCUCCUCACCCCGCUCGCGACCCUCCUCCACGGCCGCCCCGUGCCCUUCAUCACGACCCUCGCCGUCGCCUGCGCGAGCCUCGCCGUGCCCCUCGCCGCCGAGGCCGUCGGCCUAAAGAUGCACGGCCACUGCCGCGAGGCCAGCGCCGAGCACUGCGCCGCCGCCCUGGGCGUCUCCCCCGCCGCCGCCACGGCCCUGGUCGCCGUGCUCGCCUGCGUCGCCCUCCUGAUGGUGGUGCUGGUCGUGCUCUUGCUGCGGUGGCCGACCGGCGUGGCGUCCAAUCCGUGGACUGUCGCGGGCAUGGCGGCGCUGGUUCGGAACCCGGAUGUCGCGGCGGGGUUGUUUCGGAGGCGCGAUGAUGCGGGGCUUCGUCGGGCGGUGGCGGAUAGGAGGUAUGGGAUUGGGUAUUUUGAGGGGCGUGAUGGAGGGGAGGAGUAUGGGAUUGUGCUGUUGGAUGAGUCGGGGCGGGGACUGGCUGCGGAGAGCGGGCGUGAUGAUGAUGAGGAGGAGGAGGUGGUGGUGGUGUGGCCACCCCAGACCGAGGGGGCGACGGCGGUGGCGGUUGGAAAGAAUGGCAGGGGAAGAAGGAGAAGGAGGGAAAAGGAGCUGCCGUUCAUGACGCUGCGGUAUCCCUGGCGGAUCGCGUUCCUGCUUUACAUCGUCGGCUUGUUGGUCUUGAUCCUUUAUUAUCACCUGACCCUCAGAAAUCUGAACUCCGAUUUCAACAGGUUCAUGUACAGCCACAGCUUCGGAGUCCGGUUCCUCUUUGCCAUUUUGGGCGUCAUCGUCACGUCCUGUUGGCAGGCAUUCUUCAUCGCCGUCACCACAAUGGCCCCCUACCAACUCCUAGCAACCCAUUCCGACUCUCCACCCCAGCAAGCCCUCCACCUCCCCCGCCCAACCAACCCCAUCUCCGCCAUCACAUCCUCAACCCUCCGUCUCCUCCGCCACCGCCACCACCGGCCCCAGCUCUUCCCCCUCGCGACAGCAACAGCGGCCCUCCUCGCCGAGUUCCUCCCCGCCCUCCUCUCCAACGUGCCCUACAGCCCCUCGCAGACGCUGCGCUCGCACGACGCCUGCGCCGCCCUCUCGGCCGCGACCCUCGUCUGCCUGGCGUGGUGCCUGGUCGCGUCGCUGCUGCCCCCCCGGGUCGGCGGCCAGAGGUGGCCGCGGAUGCCCGUCGAUCCGAGACUGAUGGAGAUGAUCUCGGAAAUCGUUGGGAUUAUUGUGUAAUUUUGUAUUGUUCUUUUUCCGAACUGGAAUUGGACCCCUUAUUCAGUGUCUAGACAGUCUGACGGUGGAAGUCCAUGUAUUAUAUACUCUCAGUACCUACCCG